CAACAGCGUUCGCUGUGGAGGGUUCCGGGAAGGAAGGGCGACGUCCUACCCUACCAGCCAUGGCAUCCCCCGGCCACCGCGACGCCCCGGAGCUGCCGGACUUCGGUCUUCUGAAGCGCCUCGCGCGGGACCAGCUGGUCUACUUGCUGGAGCAGGUGGGAUGGGCGGGUACUGGGGCGAAAGCGAAAGCUGCUCCCCAUGGCCCUUGCCUGGCAAUGACGCUUCGCCUCUUUCUCCCUCACCCUGCAGCUCCCCGGCAAGAAAGAUCUGUUCAUCGAGGCCGACCUGAUGAGCCCGCUCGACCGCAUCGCCAACGUCUCCAUCCUUAAGGUGCGCGAGGAGCUCCCCGCUCGCUCCCUCUUCCUGUUCCUUCAGGCAGGCAGAAAUUCGGCAGGUGCAGCUUCUCACUCCCGCCCCCGUUUAGGGGUGUAGUACGGACAGAGGUGGGGAGGCUUCCCAUGUUGUGACUGCCCGGGCUUUAAGGCAGCUGCUGAAGGCACAAAAGCUCACCUAGGAGAAAAGGGCAAGGGGCGGGGAGGCUGACGUGAGGAUGCUGGGAUGAGGAAUUGAACUUGGAGGAUCCCACUUGAGCUGUGCCUACUCACAACUUCUGUCCAAUUUCGUUGCUGCAUAAAUCAGAGGAAAUGGGGAAAGAGGAAAAGGGAGUCAUCCCCACCACCACCCUCAAGAAGCAGGGGUGCUGUGCAGGAUGUGGAGCUGAUCACUCUCUGCUUCCAUCUCUCUUUGCAGCAACAUGAAGUGGACAAACUUUACAAAGUGGAGAAUAAACCAGCCCACAGUACCAGUGAUCAGUAAGUGUGUGGCAGGAGGCCUGCCCUGUUUGGCCAGGGCUGACUGAGUCUGCUGCAUGGGGUUGCCUGCCUGUCUCUUUUCUGCUUGCCAGGGAAAGGCGGUGCUUCUCCAUCCCUGAGCCAUGGGACAAAAGCAGACAGAGCAGAGCUGUUUCCGAUACUACUCCUUUCACGUUGUCUGUUUUGUUUCUUUCUCCCAAGAUUGUGCUUUUUGGUGCGGCCACGGAUCAGGAACAUGAAGUACGUGGCAGGUAAGUUGGUGGUUUGCAUGUGCUGGCCUGAGGGAGGAGCAGUAAUGGCAGUUGUCAGUGGUAGAUCUGAUUUACAUGCCAAAAGUUCCAGGUUCAAUCUCCAGGUAGAGCUGGGAAUGUCUCCCUGCCUCACACCUUGGAGAACUCCUGCCAGUCAGUGUAGAAAAUACUGAACUAAAUGGACCAAGGGUCUGACUCAGUAUAAGGCUGCUUCCUAGCUCCCAGGCUUAGCAGGAGGUCCCAGUAUGGACACUCUGUACUGAGCACCUCUGAAAGGGAUAUGAACUGUGUAGUGGUCUGAUUGUAGCAGUGCCCUGAGGAAUUAUGGAAGAAGAGUAACAUGACUAGGUCAGAGCAGAAGUCUCAUCUACCCUGCCUAUGGUAAUGUUUCAGGCUGCUACCAGAAUUCAGGGGGAUGCUGGGUAAUUGGGGAGUGGGUUUCAGCUUGUCUCUUCUCCUGGUUCUUGGCAGUCUGCCUACCUGCAUCUAUCUCAACAGGUAUUUCUACCACACACCCCAAGCUUGAAGAGUAUGGGACUAAGGGGUCUUUGGCAAGUUCCUGGGGUGUUCUGUAUUAUUACAAUCUGUUGCAAAGCUGCCUUGAGAUUAAAUUAAAAAUAUUCUAAAUAAAAAAAUGUGGACAGCCUUUUGUUUGAUUGCCUGGAAAGGGCUUGGCCAGCCUCGCCUGCUCCUUGACUCAUAUUUUUUUUCCUAGACAUAGUAAACGCCGAUAAGGCAGCUGGCCGGACCCGCAAGUACAAGAUUAUCUUCAGUCCUCAGAAGGCGAGUCUCUUGUAGCCGGGAGUUUUGGGGUCGGGUUUCUUGGGACUUACCUUCCAAGUAGUCCAGGGGUAGCUCAGCAAUGAUGUGAUGUGUGGACCUUCUGAAGUGCUGCUGGCUGGCUGGUCCCUCUGGCUGGGUGGUAUUUCCCAGUCUGGGCUGUGGCUGCUGCCUGGGCUGCCCAGCUCUAAGAUGCAUUGAUUUGUGGGCAAUACUGAGCUAGAUGAACCAAUGUUCUGAUUUGUUAUAAGGCAGCUUCCUGUGUAGUCUGGGCAGUGGGUGUAGAAUUAGGGGGGUCUCUUUUAUCUCCCAAGCCCCCAGACGUUUGGUUGAGCUUAACAUGUUUCAAUUUAGCCACCACCAAUUUCACUCUCUGCAACAGUUUAGAAGCUAAAAUUGGUUGUGCCUGUAAAACACCCUCCUCUGCCCUUGGAGGAGUCUCUUCAAUUUUUCUCAGUAGAAGGGGGUUCUAGGGACACUUAGACUGCUUGUUCCCAAGGCUGCCUGGAGCUGAUUGUCUUCUCCAACCCUUUCCAGUUCUACACAUGUGAGAUGGUGCUGGAAGAAGAGGGGAUCUAUGGGGGUGAGUUUCAGAGACGGAGAACAGAGAUUUUGCUUGGCAGAACAUCAGGAUCAAAGUCAGCGGGUGGGGAGGGGGCUGUACUUGAGGAAAGCAGCAGUUCAGCUGGUGAUUGGCUCCCCGGCAUCCCCUUCCCCAAGCUCAGAAACUUUGAGCAACGCUGUCCUGUUCAUGCUUACUCAAAAGUAAGACGCACUGUGUUUCAUAAGGCUAACUUCCAGUUAAAUGGCAUAAGAUUGCAGUCUGAAUAUGCCAGUGUUCAUUGUUCCGUGUAUGGGAUUGAUCUGUGUUGUAUUAAUUUGUGGUUAGUUUUUCAUCUUUUAAGGUAUUUUGAUCAUGUUUUAAGAUGAUUGUUCACUAUGCUGGGCAACACCAGGAGGAAGGGUUGGGUAUAAGAAGAAUGAAUGAAUAAGUAAUAUUGCUAUGUUUAAAAUAAAAUUAAAAAAACACCUCUGACCAGUCACCUGAGUUACUCCAAGCAGCUAAUUUAAGGCAGUGGAGAGGUUGUAUCAUGGGUCAAAGGCAAAAUCCCCCUUGUGUUGUCCUGGUUCCUUGGCAGACGUGACCUGGGAUGAGUGGUCCUUCUACUUACUCCCUUUGGACGAUGACAUCAUCAGCAUGGAGCUCCCGGAAUUCUUCCGUGACUAUUUCCUGGUCAGUAUUGACUCCUGCAAUGUCCUUAUCUAUUCACACUGCCCUCCUCCCCCUUGUUUGCCUCAGUGUCACACAGCAAGUACCAGCUCAAGAAUUUUAGGCACACCUUCAAUUUCCACCCUCUUGUGUCAAUCACAGCUUCCUUCUCUUGUGCCCCAGUAGGAAGGAGACCAGCGCUGGAUCAGCACCGUGGCCCAGGCCUUGCAACUGAUGAACUCUCUCUAUGGACCAUUCAGCAGGACCUACGGAAUUGGCCGGUGUGCUAAGGUGGGGCCUUGUUGGUACAGGAGGAUCAGCUGAAAGAAUGUGAGAGGGGCCUGGUCCAGAGAGCAGAAUGUCUCUGGGUAGGAUGGGGUGGGCAUGUAUUGAGUAUAUAGCAGAAAGAGCUCUGAAUACAGAUGUUUCCAAGAGCUUUCCUCCACAUUGGUGAGACCUUAGAAUCAUAUCAUAGUGGGUAGCAAAGUUAGUGCAAGACAAGCAAGCAGCUGGAUUCUGUCAAGUCACUUAAACGGGGCUGUUGGGGUCAGAGGCAGGAUUCCUGCCUCCUUGAUGGGGGCCCCUCCCAGCUACACUGGUUGGGCUGACGGGCAGGUCUGAUCUUCUCCCAGAUGGUCCAUGAACUCUGGCGCGAAGUGGUGGAGGAAAGCGACGUUGACAGUGUGGGCCGGAAGCCAGAGAUUGGUCAUGUAUUCCUUGUGGACAGAGGUAAGGGCAUGAGAAGUAGGUUCUGUUAGACGGGCAGAUGGGGCCUGGUGUCAUGCCUGGAGUCUUGGCCCAAGGUCGUGACUGGAAGUUUCUGAAAGAGCCUAAGCAUUCAUCUGUGUAAUUCAAGCAAGUACAGCUAUUUUUGCUAAGCUGAGAUGCACGAAAUGCUGUAAAACAAAACAGAUCUCCUGGACGUGGGACCCUGUCUUCAGUGAAUUCAGAUCUUUGGUCCACCUAGCUCUAGGGGCAGCUAUUCAGGAUUUCAGGCAGAGUCUCUCUCCCAGCUCUUGCCUGGAGAUGCCAUUGAACCUGAGACCCUCUGCAUGCAAGGCAGUUUCUCUGCCUAGGAUGGCUCUUCCCUCUUAUGGGUGUGGGUGGGGAAGAAGCCCAGGGUGUACACCCCCUCUCCUCCCAGGAGGUGUCCCCUUCUGUUCUGAUACUCUUUUCUGCCACCUGCCCAUCUCACCCCUCUCCUGGCUCUCUUUUCAGACGUGGAUUAUGUCACAGCCCUUUGUUCCCAGGUUGUGUACGAAGGCCUGGUGGACGAUACCUUCCGCAUCAAGUGUGGUAAGUUUCCAUUCCUGGGGGGGCUGCUUCCCCACCUGCUACCUCUCCAAAGGUCAGGAGGGCCUGCCUGCCUCCCAGAACAGUCAUUGAUCAGCUGACAUUUGGGGGCAGAGGCUGCUCGCAGGCCAGAUGUCCUGUCAAGCGAGCACCCUGGUGAAUUCACUUUCUGCAGGGAGCGUUGACUUUGGCCCAGAUGUCACCUCCUCCGAUCGGAGCAUCAAAGUCCUGCUAAAUGCUCAGGACAAGGUGAGUGUCUGCCUUCCCUUCUCCUCCUGAAGGCAGGCUUGGUCAGGGAAUUUAAGGCCUCUCGAUAGCUGCAGAAGGUGCUGCCCUGUUGUGGGGGCAAGUGGUGGGAGCACUAGUGCUGUGUGCUGAGGGUUGGCCUAAAUGGGGGUGGGGGGAGCUAGGUGCUGUCUGGCCACCCUACUUGCCUCUCUCUGCAGGUCUUCAGUCAGAUCCGCAAUGAGCACUUCUCCAGCGUCUUCGGUUUCCUGAGCCAGAAGGCCCGGAACCUGCAGGCGCAGUAUGACGUGAGUGGGAUAAGCGGAGAGGGGCAGUGGGGGGCGGGUAGGAUUCCUGGAUGCCUCAGGAUGCAAGAAGUGUUCUCCCUUUGCAGCGACGGCGAGGGAUGGACAUCAAGCAGAUGAAGAACUUUGUCUCCCAGGAGCUGAAAGGCUUGAAGCAAGAGCAUCGCCUGUUGAGUCUCCGUAGGUCUCCUCCUCUCCCUCCUGGGGCAACAACAUCAAAUGGGGGAGGAGCAGCUAGGAGCAGCAGAGUGUCAUCACUGACCUGGCCCGGUGGCCUCGUUCUGGGGUGGGGAACCUGUAGCCCAUGAGCCACAUGCUGCCUUUUGCCCAUGGAGAGCAGAAGAACAAUGGGAAUGAAGUGGCAAAAGGAGAGAGGGUGGGAAGAGUGCUGUGCACCCCUGCAGUGCUGUAAACUCCAUCCCCUGUCAGCAACAGCUUGUGAUUUAUCUUUUCCUCUGGGUCAGUGCCUCCCUUGAUUAGUGCUGCCCUAGUUCAAGAGUCUUCCUUGUGCCUGCAGAUAUUGGAGCAUGCGAAUCCAUCAUGAAGAAAAAAACCAAGCAAGAUUUCCAGGAGCUGCUGAAGACAGAGCAUGGUGAGAUUCUGACCUUUCCCCACUCGAUCUAGCUUCCUGAGCCACAUUUUCAGGCAUGUAAAAAUCCAGGUGCUCAGUAGAUGUUGAUGCCUCUGACAAAUGGCAUCUGGAUCACUGAAGAAGCCAGGAAGCUGGUUUUACAUCUUUUCGGGCUUCUAGAAUAUCUCACUGCCUCCUGAGUUUUGGGAAAAAAACCAAAAGCCCUCAGUGCCUUUGAUGUUCUUGUUGCUAUUUCUCUCCCCUCAACUGAAAUUCCAUGCUUGCUACACCCAAUAUUUGGACCACUAAACAUUCAAGAAUUUACUUAUUGCAGUUGAAGACCUAUAGCAGUUGAACUUGAUGAUAAUAGUCAGGUGCUGAAUUUGGGGAGUUAGACUGGAAGACAAGAGAGAGACACAAUGGGGUGAUCAGGGGGGAGAACCCCCAUGCUUUCCAAUCUCAGGGCUCCUUUCUGUUUCAAAACCGGUACAGUUAAGAGAGUUCCUCAGCCUCAACUGAUGGAUUCUUAUGGAACAGUUUGUGCUUUCUAACCCAGAAGUUUACAAGCGUCUCUGAGCAUGGCUGUUGCAAGAUAUGCUGCUGAGAAACAAAGGGAUUUUUUUGAGGGGAGGGGGAGCAUACUGAAACUCUCUAGUAAAGUUAGAAAGAAUGGGCUGAUUCUUCUCUCCCUGCCUCCCACCCCACUUGCCUUUGCAGCCCUCCUGGAAGGGUUUGACCUCCGCGACAGCAUCAGCUUCAUUGAAGAGCACAUUGACCGACAGGUAAGGGAGAGGCCCGGGGUGGGGAGAAAAUGCAAGCACUGACCUCAGUUGGUGUCUCGGUUCACCAGACCAUGUAAUCAGAAGCAGAAAUCCACUCCCCUAAAAAGAAGGGUUUCAGUUCAUUGUUAUUCAGUAACAUAGUCCCCACUAGUACAUGGUUAGCUUUUCAGAAGAUAUAAUUGUAUAAAAAGUUACAAUUUCUCUCUCCCUCCUUGCAGGUCUCCCCCCUUGAGAGUCUGCGCAUGCUGUGCCUGCUGUCCAUCACGGAGAACGGUGGGUGCUCUGCUGCAGGAGGAGGGGAGCCAUGGAAGCGUGCAGGGGUGUGCUGCAGUGCAUUCACAUCUCCUUUCUUCUGGUUGCUCCAGGGUUCGCCCCCAAGGACUAUCGCUCCCUGAAAACCCAGUACCUCCAGGUGAGGCGGGAAGGAAGCAGCCCUCCUUUGGGCAGGAGGAGAGGGAAAUUGGCUUUCCUGAGCCUCUGUAGCUGUGCAGUUCCUCCUGGCUGGUGUUGGUCCUACUGGCCUCAUGGUCCCUUUUGUUGUGAUCCCCUGCAGUCCUCCUCUUCUUGGGACAGAGCAUCCUCAGCAAUGCCUCUGCCCUGAUGCUCAUCUCCCCCCACCCUUCCCUUCUAGAGCUAUGGACCAGAGCAUUUGCUGACCUUCCAUAACCUGAAGCACCUGGGGCUCCUGACAGAGCAGGUGCCAGGGGAGACGCUGACAGCCGUGGAGAACAAAGUCAGCAAGCUGGUGACAGACAGAGCGGCAGGUACAGCAUCCUGCAGCAGCAGUUUCCCUUUGGAGCCUCUGUGUGUCCUGUGGAGGGGCAUCCUGAUGAGCCAGGAAGGAGCAGCUCCUCAGCAGAGCAGACAAGAGCUCAGUGCUCCUUGAAAUCUUGUUGGCCCCAAUGACCAGCUUCCUUUUGCCCUCCUCUUCCAGGGAAGCUCUCGGAUGCCUUCAACUCACUAGCCAGGAAGAGCAAUUUCCGAGGCAUCAGCAAGAAGCUGGGACUAGUGAGUGCUAUGCGGGGGGUGGAGCCGUGAGGUUGGUGUGGGGCAGCAGGCAUCCUGAUAAGACAAAUCUCUCCCCCUGUUCCAGAUCCCCCGUGUGGAUGGCGAGUACAACCUGAAAGUGCCCCGGGACAUGGCGUACGUCUUCAGCGGUGCCUACAUCCCCCUGAGCUGCAAGUUGAUAGAGCAGGUGCAAACCAGAUCUCCCCUCUUCCCUUGUGGCCCUGGCCAGCCUCCCAAGAGAGGCCCCAGUGCCCAUGUCCCUUAUUGUGGCUUCUGCUAACUCUGCUGCCAUCUUGGCUGCCUCAUGCAGGUGCUGGAGCGCAAGAGCUGGCUGGGCCUGGAGGAGGUGGUGCGGCUCCUCGGGGGAAAUGAAUUUUCUGUGGCAGGUCAGUGGCUGGGAGCAAAGAGUGGGCAGCACCAACAUGGGGGAUUCUCUUGUUCUCAUUUCACCCACGUGUGAUAACAUACAUCCUCUGGGCAUGGAGUGGUGUGGGGAUUUGCCAUAGCCUGAGCAGUACAGAAAACUGUGUACGUUCCCUCUGUUGUAUCUCUGGAGUGGUGGAUAGAUAGUAUAUUCAUUAUUCUUUAAAAAUGCAGCAUGCCUUCUUGACUUUUUGAAAAAACUAACCAAGGUGGUUAAUACAUUUUUGUAAAACACGACAUUAUCAAGCACCAGAGCUUGAAGUGAGGAAGGUGCUUCAUACCAUCUAGGACACUGACUGAGAGCAGCUCUCUGGGGAUUGAGGCAGAGUCCCCCCCCCCCCAGCCCUCCCUGAUAUAUAACACUAACACACACAAAUACACCUGCUUCAGUUGUGUGUUCAUGCCUGCCUAGAGCUUAAGCAUUUCCUUGGAAUUAAACCAAGGGAGACCAGCUGCAUCCUCCUCUGUUCUCCUUGCAGAUACCACUGUGGAGGAGAAUCCUGCCUGGGACUCCCAGCGCAUCGUUCUGGCCAUCUUCUUAGGUGGCUGCACCUUCUCUGAGAUCUCAGCUCUUCGCUUCCUUGGCAGAGAAAGAGGUAAAAGCAAUCCUUGAGCCAGAGGCAGCAGCGGCUUGGGAACUGGCAGUGGGCCUGCCCUAGUUUAUGAUCCCAGACAACUGUUUGUUUGGCAUAAUACAUCUUUUUAAAAACUAUUUUAAAUGUAAGAGGAAAUCAAAGAUCUAGCCCUUACGAAGUUUGAAAAAGGGAUUAGAAGCUGGAGAGGCCUCUGUGUAUAGCUCCUUGUAAUACAUUGCUUAAUAAAUUAUGCAGAUAAGCAAACACAUGCAAGCUUCCUAAAUUAACAUAUUUUCAAGGCUUUGAAUUUAGCUAUUUUUGCCUCUCUUAGAGCAAGCCAGUGGAGGCUUUUGUUCUCACCAGACUCCAGGCAGCCUGUGUUUGCCUUUUGCAAUUUCACUCUCUGGCUCCCCUUUUUGCAGGGAUCAGGUUCAUCUUCCUGACGACAGCCAUCACCAACAGUGCCCGGCUGCUGGAAUCAAUGAUAGAGACAAGGGCAUGAGAGCUUCUGCAGCAAGGCAUGGGCGAUGAGCAUACUUCAAGCAGCUGUAGCAGCCCUUGGAUAUUGCAGCAAUGCUACCUGGAAAGUCUCCCCACUGCUUCCUGUAGGCCGGCAGCUGGAGACUUGUUUCUCUACCCAGCAAGAAAUCUGGGCUUGGACGUCUCUUCCUUCUUGCUCAGCCCACCCAUGGCAGGCAACGGGCUGUUCUUUCAGGAGCUUGACUCUCCACUGCUUUGAACUUUGGGCUGCCUCCUGUCCAGUGAGAGGCCUUUCCUUCACCCACCCUGGAGACACUUGGCCUUCCACUGCCCCCUUCCACUGUGACUCCUCCUGGCCUGCCAUAGCACUGGGAGUAUGCAGGGAGAGGUGGUCACCUGCAAAUGUGACUCCUCCUGCCAGUUCGAGCAGUGCAAUAAAGAUGUGUCUGGUAACUGGUC